CAUUUUGUGACCUGAACCUUGUUCCCCUUGUUUGAUGCACGCUGCCACAGUGUCAUCAUUCCUUUUCAUCAUUCCUUUGCCUCAUUCCAACUAACCAGCCAACACCGUCUCGCCCUUUGCAAAACCAAGAUUUCGCCGCCAGUCAGUCCAAACCAACAUCGUUGAAAACAUCAACAACAAACACCACCUUACUUUACAACCUCAACAGUCGACUCGAGAGAACUAACAACGCCAUGGGUAUCAUGCUGACAAAGCUCUGGCGCAAGCUGAUGAGUCAGGAGGAGGUCAAGAUUGUCAUUGUUGGACUGGACAACGCAGGAAAGACGACGGUUCUCUACAAACUGCUGCUGAAUGAGGUCGUUGUUACCACGCCAACAAUAGGAUCCAACGUGGAGGAGAUUACAUACAAAAACAUCAAGUUUCUCAUGUGGGAUAUAGGCGGACAAGAGUCUUUGCGCUCAUCAUGGAAGACCUACUAUGUCAACACAAAGGCUGUGAUCAUGGUCAUUGACAGCUCUGACAAGGAACGCCUGCACAUUUCAAAAACGGAACUACACACGAUGAUGGAAACCGAGUCGCUACGCAAUGCAAGUCUACUCGUGUUUGCGAACAAGCAGGAUGUCAAGGGCGCAUUGAGUGCAGCAAAGAUCUCAGAAGCACUUGCUCUUACGUCGUUGCAGGAUCGACAGUGGCAUAUCCAAGCGUGCUCUGCCUUGACAGGAGAUGGGUUGUUCGAAGGACUUGACUGGAUCGUGGCACAGAUCGGCUCGCACUAAGGGCGGAAGUGAUUUGUCUUCAUAUCACAAAAAACCACAAAGACGUUUCAUCGACUCUACCGACGACAGAUAAUAAUAAACAUAAACUUGGAUUGGGAUACAUGAAAAACCAGGUGGUUGU